AUGUGGCUUUAUUUCCAAACCUACUGGGGCAACGAAGUGGCAAAAAAUUUUUACGGUUCAACGCUUGCUGCGUUCAGCCUGUCCAUUUUAAUUGCUACUCCUCUGUUUGGAUACGCCGGCCAUGCCAAUGUGAACGUGCGGCAUUUGCUUAUGUUCGCGAACUUCAUGGAGGUGAUUGGAAAUUUGGCCUACCUUCUGCCUUACAGCCCUUGGUUCGUUUUCUUUGGACGAUUAAUAGCUGGUGUUGGAGCGAGCUGCGAGUCUCCGAUGUACGCUGACUUGACCCGGUCAACAGAAGAAAGUGAAAGAACACCGUUCAUCAUCGUUCUGCUAUUAUCUCGUCAAGUUGGCCUUAUAAUCGGUCCUGCGUUCACUCUUAUUCUACAUCAAAUGACAAUCGCGAUCGGUCCCGUCCAAAUCGGUGUUUACAAUGGUCCGGGUUUAGUCAUGGCCGUGUUGUGGGUUGUGCAUACAAUGUUUAUUUUCUUCACUUAUCCGCAUCUGGACAAGUCUGGCGAACUAGUUGACGAUCUCCAGCCGAAUGAGGCUGCAUCCUCUCCAACGGAAGCUACUUCGAAGCAUUCUCGUCAGCCUUCGGAUAGCCGAAUCCAGAUUUCGUUCGCAGGAUACGGACAAUACCAUAUCCUCACCUUGUAUCUGAUAAUUUUUAGUGCCUACUUUUGUGUGAUGUCGCUGGAGUCUGUUCUUUCUCCUGUUGCCAACCGGUUUUUCAAAUGGGGUGAAGUUGAAGUGAGCUACGUGUACAUUGGCUCCAGUGUGCUUGUAAUCAUCGUCUCUGGUUUGAUGCACCUGAUGUCCAGAUGCAUGGAAGAUCGAACUCUUGUUCUUUUAGGACUCUUCUUUUUGACGGUUUCCUAUGCCUUCUUGUCCUUUGUUAUGCAUAGUGUUCUAACUAUGACCAAAGCUUUGGGGGCAACUCUUGUCGUGGUUGGCGUCGGUAUUCAUGUGAUUGGAAUGCCUUUCCCAUUGGCGAUAACGGAAUCACUAUACACAAAGUUCAUUCCCUCCCAGCAGUUGGACAAGGCGCAGACAAUCCUGCGCACAAUCAUCAAUGUGGCUUUUCUCCUCGGCCCCUAUGUUGGCGGAAGUCUGGAAGGUAAACCCACGAUUGUCUUCUGUUCAAUGUUGGCCCUGGUCGCCCUGCCCUUCUUCAUGCUACUUAUCCGCUUUAAUAAGUUUCGCGUCCCCAGGGAGCCAUCGUCACCCCGUGCUGAGGGAUCUGCCAAAGCGGCAAAAUCAUCGGAUCCACACCUGAGUGCUUUCUAG